AUGUUCUGUGGCACGGACAAGAGUCUGCUCUGCGCACUGUGCUCUGACUCUCAGGAGCAUGGGGCUCACAAACACUGUCCCAUUGAAGUGGCAGCUGAAGAACACCGGGAGAAGCUCUUAAAGCAAAUGAGAAUUUUAUGGGAAAAAAUUCAAGAAACUCAGAGAAAUCUAAGUGAGGAGGAAAAAACAAGCAUCCUCUGGAGUGCCUAUGCGCUUCUUCGUGUGCAGAUGAUCAGGGUUGAGUAUAGGAAGCUGCAUCCAGUUCUCCAUAAGGAAGAAAAACAACAUUUAGAGAGACUGUACAAGGAACACCAAGAGAUAUUUCCACAACUCCAGAGAAGCUGCAUCAACAUGUAUCAAAAGAAGAAGCACUUGAAAGAAAUGUAUCAGGAACUAAUGGAAAUGUGUCAUAAACCAGAUGUGGAGCUGCUCCAGGAUUUGGGAGACAUCAUGGCAAGGAGCGAGUCCGUGCUGCUGCGCAUGCCCCAGCCUGUGAAUCCAGCGUUCACUGCAGGGCCCAUCACUGGACUGGUGCACAGGCUCAACCGCUUCCGAGUGGAAAUUUCCUUCAAUUAUGAAGUAAGCAAUCACAAUAUCAGCCUGUUUGAGGAUAUGAGAAGUUGGAUGUUCAGACCUGAACAGAAAGGUGGAUCUUUGGAUUCUGACAGACCUGACUAUUUUGCUGCAUGGGGAGCCCAGGGCUUCUCCUCUGGGAAACACUACUGGGAGCUGGAUGUGGACGACUCUUGGGACUGGGCUGUGGGCGUCUGUAAGGACUCCCAGAUAAGGAAGAAUGGCACCAUGAUUACAUCUGAGGACAUAUUUCUUCUUUUAUGUGUGAAGAUGGGUCAUCAUUUCCGUCUCUUGACCAGCUCUCCAAUGCUUCCUCACUAUGUAGAGAAACCUCUGGGCCGGCUUGGUGUGUUUCUGGAUUUUGACAUUGGAAGUGUGAGCUUUUUGAAUGUCGCCAAGAAUUCCCUCAUAUGGCGUUACCCGGUUGGCUCCUUAAAUUUCCCUGUCAGGCCUUUCUUUUACACUGGCCACAGAUGAUCAGGAUGAAGAAGUCUGACUGUUUGGGAACUGCAUGUACAAGGGAGCCCUUCACUGUUGAAGCAAAGGAAUCAUAGUUUUCAGGCUUUCUUUCUGUUUUAGUGUCACCUCACUUUAUUACGGUUAAAUAAAAAAAUAUGUAAAAUGUAAAAUAUUUUUGUACACUUUCUUACAAUUAAAAUAAUCUCUUAUGGCCCAUUACCUAAAAUGUACAUUAUGAUUUUCAACUGCUUUGUGAAUUUAUUGAUGGAAUUCUGGAAAUAUGUGGGCGCAUGA